UCCUGUUUCCUGGUUUGUGAGGCUGAAACUCACACUGACUGCUGCAGAACACGAGAACACACACACACGACUCUUCAAACAAGACGCUUUAAAGAAAAACAAAGGAAGCAACUGUAGGGACAAUUAUCUGGGCAGCGAACUGUGACAGAGAUAGAAGUUGAACGUAGUCAACAUCUACAGGAGGUUCGUUCAGAGAGAGAAAGAAAGUGGUAUUUAUCAGGACUGGACAUCAUGUUGCUGCUGGAUGAGUCAGACUCUCUAACAGACCAGGAUCAAAGUGUAGGCUACAGCUCUGAAAAUGAAUCUCAGGACAGUGAUUCUUUGCGAUGGCACUGUGGCCUUCUCUCUUCCUCUCCCUCAGCUGGGACUCCAGCACGGAUGCCAUCGUGCACGCUGUCUCACCUGCAGGGCCGCAGUCCAGAUCUUGACCUGGACAACACCAAGAAGAGAAUCUCAAAACCUGCUCACAUGCGAAGGAACAUCAGGAAGUUGUUGAAGGAGCACCCCUUGGAUGCAGUAACCAAAGUGGCCCAACUUGAAGAGACAGAGAGACACAAGUGCCUGGAUCAACAGAGAAACAACUUUGCUCCUACUACUGUAGCUCCUGAGCUUGUAGACACACACACGCCAGGGGAUCUGUGUGUAAGUAUGACUUAUGGCUCCAAGGAAAGUGCAGCAUGUGUGCACACAAGCAAUAGCAGUAACACACACAGCACUGACAUGUCAGUGCUCCAAACAACUGCCCCUAAAAGAGACCAAAAUUCUGUUGAGAACACCACUUCAUGCUUCAUCAGCAAAUGGGCCAAUGAGGAUGAUGGUGAGAGCAGCAGUGUGCAUCUUAACGAUGCUGUCAACCAACCAGAUGCUCAGGGGCGAGUCAUCAUCAACGUCAAUCACCCAGAGGAUGAAAGUGACAUCUACCUCUCCCCUCAACUUGCCCGUGUUGUCAAACCUCAUCAGAUUGGGGGAAUCCGGUUUCUGUACAAUAACCUGGUUGAGUCACAGAAGCGUUUUAAAAGCACUCCUGGUUUUGGCUGUAUCCUGGCUCACAGCAUGGGCCUGGGUAAAACUCUACAGGUCAUCUCUUUCAUCGACAUCCUGCUGCGCCACACAGGAGCUCACACCGUGCUCGCCAUCGUCCCUGUGAACACACUACAUAACUGGUUGGCGGAGUUUAAUCUCUGGGUCCCAACUGCUGAAGCCCUGCCACCCAACAGUGACUCUGGCCACAUUAUACCACGUAACUUUAAGGUGCACAUCCUUAAUGACGAGCACAAGACCACAAGCAGCCGUGCUAAGGUAGUUGAAGACUGGUACAGAGAUGGUGGUGUGCUACUAAUGGGCUAUGAGAUGUACCGCCUACUCUCACUCAAGAAAAGUUUUGUCACUGGGCGAAAGAAGAAGAACACAAAGCCACGUGAGCCAGUUAUUAUUGAUGUAAAUCAGGAAGACCACCAUCAAGAGCUAAUGAAAGGCAUCAAGCGGGCUCUUGCUCAGCCUGGUCCAGAUGUGGUGGUCUGUGAUGAGGGCCAUCGCAUUAAGAACUGGCAUGCCAGCACCUCACAGGCUCUGAAGGGCAUUGGGACACGGCGGCGACUAGUGUUGACUGGCUACCCACUGCAAAAUAACUUGUAUGAAUACUGGUGCAUGGUGGACUUUGUGCGUCCCGGCCUCCUGGGCACACGGCCCGAGUUCAGCAACAUGUUUGUUCGGCCCAUCCUGAAUGGCCAGUGUGUGGACAGCACGCCUACAGAUGUGCAGCUCAUGCGCUACCGCAGCCAUGUGCUCCACAGCCUGCUUGAAGGCUUUGUACAAAGACGUGGACAUGAUGUGCUAUGCUCUCAGCUGCCACAGAAGCAGGAGCAUGUGAUUUUGGUGCGUUUGACGGCAUUGCAGCGCGCACUCUAUGUUAAAUUUAUGAACCACUUUAGAGAGGCUGGAAAUACUGGCUGGCUUAGCCUUAACCCACUAAAAGCUUUCUGUGUCUGCUGCAAGAUCUGGAACCACCCUGACAUUCUGUUUGAGGCACUUCAAAGGGAGAAUAUGGCCAAUGAGCAGGAUCUGGACCUGGAUGACAUCACUGCUAGCAAUGCUCAAUGCUCAGCUAAUCAAAGGGCUAAACCCUGUGAAUCAGGCAGCAGCAGUCAGGGAGAACUGACGCUAGGUCGGCUGCAGGAGAAAACUAGUCAGGUUAUUACAUAUGAAUGGGCAAAAGACAUCAUGGCAAGCUAUCAGAAAGGCAUCUUAGAAAAUUCAGCUAAGAUGGUGCUGUUUUUUCACAUUAUUGAGGAAAGCGUCAAGAGUGGAGACAAGGUCUUGGUUUUCAGUCAGAGUUUAUCCACGCUUACAGUCAUUGAAGAUUUCCUGGUCAAGAGAAUAGUGCCUGACUAUAGCGGAAGUGGUGUGAAGCAGAAUUGGACCCGCAAUGUCAACUACUAUAGGUUGGAUGGAAGCACUUCAGUUUCAGAGCGAGAAAGGCUUAUCAACCAAUUUAAUGAUGUGACAAACAAAUCUGCUUGGCUUUUUCUUCUGUCUACCAGGGCUGGCUGUCUUGGCGUGAACUUGAUUGGUGCCAAUCGUGUGGUGGUGUUCGAUGCCUCUUGGAAUCCAUGUCAUGAUGCUCAAGCUGUGUGCCGUGUCUAUCGCUAUGGGCAGCAAAAGCCAUGCCACAUCUACAGACUUGUGUCUGAUUUCACCUUGGAAAAGAAAAUUUAUGACAGGCAAAUCUCCAAACAGGGAAUGUCUGAUCGUGUGAUAGAUGACUUGAAUCCUGUUCUGACAUUCUCACGCCGGGAGGUGGAGUCACUGCUGCACUUUGUGGAAGAGGAGCCUGAUCCAUUAGACUCUGCCCAUUUACUCCACCCUCAUGAAGGCAUGGAGAUGGUCCUUAGGAAAGCCUGUAUGGGAUUUCCGCACCUUAUCACCAAGCAACCUUUUCACCAUGAGUCCUUACUGAUGGACCGACAAGACCUCAAACUCACAAAGGAGGAGAAGCAAGCGGCCAAGAAGAGCUAUGAGGAUGAGAAGAGGGCAACUGUGCCCUACACACGUCCAUCAUAUGCACACUACUACCCAGCUAGUGACCAAAGCCUUACCAACGUCCCUGCCUUCAGCCAGAGAAACUGGCACCCUUCCUCACAGCCAGAGGAUAAGCCAGCACCCAGUACUCACCUGGCACAGACAACCCCCCUAGCCCUCACAGUGCACCAGAAGGAAGACCAGAAGGAAAGCCAGGGUUCUGUCUCCUCCGUGACAUUAGGCUCUAAAUCUGCUCUCAACUUUCCAUUCACCUACCUACAGAAAGCAGGAGUCUUUGUACAGAAGACUGUCACCACUACAGAUAUUGUGAUUCCUGGUGCAAACAAUUCAUCAAACACACAGACCAAGAUAAAUGCAGGUGAAAGCAUUCACAUCAUCAGAGGAACUAAAGGAACCUACAUUCGGACGUCAGAUGGAAGAAUUUUUGCCAUCCGUGCUGUGAGAAAAUCCAGACAAAGUGAAGAGAAUACAAACACAAAGACAGAUGUGCCACCCUCACUGGAGAACUCCAUUAGUAAGAGCACCAGUGUUGGUGUGUCCCCUGAUGACAUGCCAAAAAUCUUAACUCCCAAAACCAUAACUCGACCCCUCUCUCCAGAUACACCAGAAAUCCUAAGUGAGCUUCAGCGUUACACCAAAGUGCCAUAUCUGCCUCCCUCAGGAGUGGCCACUCCAGAAACGGCCUCACAAAAGGGAGCUGUUAUGAUUCUGCCUCAAAACAACACUGCCUCACCAGGCAUGGAGAUGCCUCUGGACCUAAGGGGCACAAAGCGCAAAUCCACAUCACCUUCUACCAAUGAAUAUUCUUCUAAACAGUCAACUCCAGAACAAAGAGGUUCUGUUCCACCAUCUGGACAGAAUUAUCCAUUCACAGGCAUUUAUGGCUUAAAUUCCUCUGCCAACCCAGGUGUACACUGUUCCCUUCUGAGCUCCCUCAACUCUAUGUGGUCAUCCUACUUCCAACCUCAAGUUCCAAUAGUUGAGCACCAACUCAUGUUCCAGAUCUCUCCAGAGACCUACAGCCUUAGAGAUGGGGCUUUGCCCAGCUCCUCCCCAACAUCCUCCAGCAUCACCUCUAGAACGGCAGCAACUUCCUCCUCCUCUAUUUCAGUUCCUUCAUCAUGCCUCAUGAGGCAUGAAGUACCUGGGAUGUUGGUGCCGACAUUCCUUUCACAAUAUGGGCAACCGCUGGGUAUUUACCCAUCCACACUAAUGCCUCAAGGGAUUCCAGGGCAGGCAGGAUCUAGCUUCCUGCCUCAGUAUGCAUCCUCUGGACCACAAGGUAGUGCUAAUGAGUCUUGUCUUAUCGUAGACAAUGAAGCACCAAGAUCUGAGGACAACAGUCAUAUGUGUGACAAUCAUCAUGAUGUCAUUGCAAUGAUGGAGCAUUGAGAAAAGAUCCAUGUUGCAAAAUGUGGAAAAAUAAGUUUGAUUAUGAGAACCAAGUCUUUGAUUGGACAAGAUGGGCCAUCUGCAAAUGUUGCAAGCUUUUGCAGCUUGUUGCAAGUUUGAGGUUGCCUGUCGAUAGUGUGGGGGAUUCUGACUACAAAUAUGGACAAAGUGGAAAAAAAAUCCUUAUGCUGAAUAUUUUAUUUAAAAACAUAAAUUUUAAAGAGUGUUCAAACAAGACUGUGGGGGGAAAUGAACUACGGACUCUCUUCAAGGUUUCUUUAAGAUACUGUACAGGUUAACCAAAACCUGCACUGUUUGGGAAUCUGAUAUGUUUCAUCUGAAAGAAUUUAAAUGUUAUUUAUCAAGUGAUGGUAUAGAUAAUUAACUAAGUGAGUAAGUUGGUAAGUGUGACUCGAAACAAAUGUUCAAAUAUAAGUGAUUGACAACUGCCAUUUAUUUGUGCUGUGAAAGUGGCUGUUAUAAUUAUGACCCAAAGACAGAUUAUGAAAUAUGACCUUUAACCAACAAGAGAGUAAGAUAGAACCUUGAGCAGGGGUGGAAAAUACUUGAUUAUUUGUCCUUCCUUAUUAUAAUAAGUAUUAUUUUGGCAUAUUUAUACUUUACAUUCCCAGAAAAAAACCCCAUACUUUUUAUGCUGUAUAUUUUCAUUUAGACAUACAAAGUACCUGUUACAAAUCAGCUAAUAACUAGGCGAUACAUCAAUUGAAUGGGCACAGUUUAGCAUCCAAUAUAGGUUGUCAAUUUGGAUUUAAAAAAAAAAAAAAACUAUCACGAAUCUUCAUCUCCUAUGACCUUCUCAUGCUACACAAUAAAGUUAGUACUAUAGAUAUCUUUCUAUGUCUGAAUAUGGAUAAGCCAUAAGUCUAACUUGAGUAUGAGCACCCCAGUCCUACCACAGUGAAAUGUUUCCAUAUGCUAGCGGGAGUAAAGCCUUGUAUUUAAAAAAAAAAAGAGGUGUCUCCUUUGCCACCCUAGAAGGCAUAAACUCUAUCUAAUUUGAAAUUCUCUAAUUUGCUACCAUUAACUGGCUGUAUUUAAGUUAGCAUGUUUUCUUUGCUAAUCUUAGGUGAGACAAGCAUCACUUUCAGUAGCUGACAUGAUAAAUUGGCUAAGCAGCAAGUUAAAUUCUAGCUAAUGUUAGAUUUUGGUUAUUUACAGAAUAUUUUACUUCUGAAUAAUUCAUUAGCAAACUACAUAGCUUUAGUCAUGCAUAUUACCAGCAAACUUAGAGACUGAAUAAUGCUUCAGGCAAAACAGCAUAGUUGCUUGAAUUUAAAAUUAUCUUUGAACAGUUUUAGAUAAGUAGAAAAAGUUACUUUUCACAUGAAAACAUGAUAUUAACUUAAUUUUAUCAGUUAAAUUUACUUUUUUUUUAAUUUUUUAGUAAAUGUAAAAGCAGCAUCUAUUUUACUUUCACUUGAGCACAUUUUUUGGCUGGAUACUUCCACUGUUAUUGAGUAAGGAAUUUGAAACUUAUUUUCAUUUACUGUAAAUAUAAUUUAUCAGUACUUUUUCCACUCUUGGCCUUGAGGAAUUAAAACAUGAUGUGAAAUGAGAUGUGUCUAUAGCCAUGACUGAAUGGAAGUUACAUUUAAAAUGCAGUGACCUUAACAUAAACAUAAGAAUGUAUCUUUACUCCUGCCUUUGUUGCAGUCUUGCACAGACCUUAGAGACAGACAUUAGACUGAAGACCACAUUCAUUGCUGAUUACAUGAAAUACUAACAGUCCCUUUUUAAAACAUGAAGUGAUGUCAACUCUUUUUGUGAACAUUUUAAACAUUUUUUAGACUGGUCACAAGCAGGUGAGCUCUUGCUGCAUGUAAUCCAGUAUAAAGGGAGGAGCUAUUUGUCUUUCCUGAAUGGCUUGUCUUAAAAUCGCAUGACACAGAGCUCAUAUGAAUUAACAUGUGUAUGCUGAAACUGAUGCCUUGUGCUGCUGUCUCAUUGAAUGUAGUGAUGCGGGUGAAUGGUUCAGGAGCAUGUGCACUCCAAAGUUCAGCCUGUAAUCUUUCUGAAGUUUAAACAUGCUAAAAUUUGUGUAGGCUACUACAUGUGGAACAUUUUUCAUUGUCUUUUGUUCUGUAAUGAUUGUAACUAACGUGCAAAAAUUAGCAAAGAAAAUCAGUUGUUUUGUGGAAAUGAUUAUAAAGCAUAAAUUUGUUUUUCUCUGCUGAAAUGUUUUCAGAUCUGUCAUAGACAUAAGUUUUAUUACCUGCGGAAAUGGAAAUGAUAAGAUUGGUUAAUGUCUUGUUUCUAUUUACAAAAAAAAUCAAAAUUUUUGUUGUAGUCAAAUUUUAGUGACCUGACCUUUUACACCAAAUAAGUAGACUGCAAAAGCAGUAUAGUAUAAUGUGUAAUGCUAAUACUGUAUCAUCUUACCUCAUUUUUAUCUUUGUAUGUGACAUUUCUUGUUGUGUUUACCAACAACAUAAUGGCCAUGUACAUGUGUUUCCCACACUGCUCCGUUUUGGCAUAAACAUUCACAUUCUAUUUGCUUUAAUUUAAUUUGACAAUGGUUUCAGGAAACUAUCUUAUGAUAUGACAUUCUUCUGAUAUAGACAUUUGAUGUCAUUCUUUUCAUCUUCAAAAAUGUAUCAGAUUAAUUUAUUAUAUUGAUACAUAUUUAUUCAUUUGUAUUUUUAUUCUAUUAUUUUUUUAUGUAAAGUUUCUGUUCUCACAGUCGAAUGAUUAAAGAGAGGUGUGUGGGUAAGUGUAAAUGUGUCUGCCAUUUGACUGAAGCAUGUGAAGCUGAAUGGCCAUUGAUCCAAGAUUUGUUAUGAUUAGCUUAGCUUAAAUUACUGACAUCAUUGAUUGAUGAACAUUUUUUCCAAUGUCCCAGUGUUCUACUUUCUUUGCUUAUUACUCUUGACUUGAGGUAUUUUAACCAUGGGAUGAGUUUAGUCUGGGGGCAAAUGUUCUGAUUCGAUAUAUAACUCAAUGAAAGCACUCAAAUGAAAUCAAACUGAAAUUGGUUGUUCAAUUUGGUCUGUGAAGUUUUUUUUUUUUUAGGAUUGUAAAUAAAAAAGGAUCAUGCUUUAAGAA